CACCAGGCUUAACUGUGCUAAGAACACAUUCUCUCACUGAGCUAACGUUAUAGUGGUCUUCCUCCUCGCUUAGAUGAAGCCCAAACUGGUCUCCACCUUCAGAGCUCAAACAAUCCUCCUGCCUCAGGCUCCAGACCGGCACUAACAUGCCCAGGUUGGCAAGUAGUGAUCUUUCUACAAUACAGACAUAAUUGCUCACACCUCUGUUUAGACCCUUCAAAGCCUUUUCAUUGCCCUUAGGAUAAAGUAAAUCUACAAGGCGGCGAAACCAGAUCCCUCCCUAUCUCAUAAACCUUAUGCAUUACCUUUUCCUUUAGCCACGUUAGGCUGUUGGCAGCUCCAGAACAAACGUGAGCCCCACCCCACCUCGCCCCCCUAUUCAAUUCCCGACAGUACUACUCGAGUCAGCUCAGGAGAGACGUUCGACAGGAAGUGAAAGCGCAAAAGGAAAACACUGAAGGGAUGAAUUCCGAGAGCAACUCUGAGAAGCGCUGCAAGGUCCGGGUUUCAGAACGUCCGGGUGACAGGAAGUUCAAAGCAAAGGUUAAAGCCAGAUCUUGAACUUUCACCCAAGUUCACCAGGCAGUCCAGCUCCCGUACUAUUCCGCCCUUACGUGUCAUGGCUGCCAGCCCAAGUCUCCCAAUGGGCUUCGGAGUCCGAUACCAGCCAGCUCUGGCGCCACCAAGUCGUCCACAGCCAAGCGCGUUACUCUCUCCGCUUCUUAGAACCGCCCCGAAACCGCCACUAAGAAAACCCUGCGUUGCCAGCUUGCCCCAAAGCAAGAUGGCUGCCCGUCUCCAUUCUCUCUUCCCUACGUGAAGCUAGCCAUUCCCUGCUUAAUGCCGCUGCCAGGCUGCCCUCACCUAGUAUGGCUCCUCCGCUCAUGCCUCGUUAUGGUCUCGAAGCCGACACUAACCGGCCAGGUUCCGGGAGGCGCUGUGCAGGAUGCAGCCACCCCCGCCCGUCCCUCCCCUCCCCCACGCCCGCGGCGGCGGCGGCGGAGGCGGAGGCGGCGGCGGCUGGAGCCCGGAUGCGGCGCCGGGAGACAGGCCCGGGAGAGCCGCGCGGAUGGAUCCAACAUGGCGGCGCCGAACCUGAGCCGAGAGAAGAGACCUGGGAAAUUAAAUUUCUUGCAAAGGACACUGGAGAUUGCAGCUGCUGAGCAGGGGUUCUGGAAGGCACUCUGUCCCUGAGCCUCUAGCAUGGCGAGCCUGAAGCGGCGGGCGAGCCAGGUGUGGCCUGAAGAGCAUGGUGAGCAGGAACAUGGGCUCUACAGCCUCCACCGUAUGUUUGACAUCGUGGGCACCCACCUAACGCACAGAGAUGUUCGUGUGCUUUCUUUUCUCUUCGUUGAUGUUAUUGACGACCAUGAACGUGGACUCAUUCGAAAUGGCCGUGACUUCUUACUGGCACUGGAGCGCCAGGGCCGCUGUGAUGAGAGUAACUUUCGCCAGGUGCUGCAGCUGCUGCGCAUCAUCACUCGCCAUGACUUGCUGCCCUACGUUACUCUCAAGAAGAGACGGGCUGUGUGCCCUGACCUUGUAGACAAGUAUCUGGAGGAAACAUCAAUUCGCUAUGUGACCCCCAGAGCCCUCAGUGAUCCAGAACCGAGGCCUCCCCAGCCCUCUAAAACAGUGCCUCCCCACUAUCCUGUGGUGUGCUGCCCCACUUCAGGUUCUCAGAUGUGUAGUAAGCGACCAGCCCGAGGGAGAGCCACACUUGGGAACCAGCGAAAACGCCGGAAGUCGGUGACACCAGAUCCCAAGGAAAAGCAGACAUGUGACAUCAGGCUUCGAGUCCGGGCGGAAUACUGCCAGCAUGAGACUGCUCUGCAAGGCAACGUCUUCUCCAAUAAGCAGGACCCACUUGAGCGCCAGUUUGAGCGCUUUAACCAGGCCAACACUAUCCUCAAGUCCCGGGACCUGGGCUCCAUCAUCUGUGACAUCAAGUUCUCUGAGCUCACCUACCUCGACGCAUUCUGGCGCGACUACAUCAAUGGCUCGUUAUUAGAAGCACUGAAAGGUGUCUUCAUCACAGACUCUCUCAAGCAAGCAGUGGGCCACGAAGCCAUCAAGCUGCUGGUGAACGUGGAUGAGGAGGACUAUGAGCUUGGCCGACAGAAACUCCUGAGGAACUUGAUGCUGCAAGCAUUGCCCUGACCUUUCCCCCUUCUCACCUCUGGGGAUUGUUUGCUCCAUCACGUCUGGAGCUUACAUACUAUUCUGGGGUUUGUUCUCUGCCCUUCAGCCAAUCACACCGCCUUUUUUUUUUUUUUAAGGAAAAGACAAAGGAAAGUGGAAGUGGUGUUCCCUACCCCUCCCUGCACCCAUGUGCCUGGGCUUCCCCUCUGUUUCCUGUUGCCACUUACCCCAUAAUGUGUGUCUACAGCCACCUUACCACUGAGCCGGAAGACAAGUGUAUAGGGAUGGAGUCUAUGGAACAUAGCCUGUGCAAGGGACUGAACGUUGCUUUCAGGUGCAUUGAGGGGUAAUCGAUACUUAUGGCUUUAUGAGGGCUCUUAGAUUUGUCUGAAAACCAAAGGGCUGUGAGUAAAGGAGCUGUGGAAGGUGGGA